AUGACUGAUGACCCUGCAUCAAUACUUACUCCCCACCUUCCAAUUUCUGCCAUGGAUGAACACUAUGACAUAAAUGCAGCUAAAACAUCUCUGGAAAAAAUGUCCAAAGAACGCAUGCCAAACCAUCUUCAGCUCUGCAAGUUUGACAUGGAGGAGGGGCUGCAUCAUUUUGUACAGCCUACAUAUACUGAAUAUCCUCGAUGCUGGAAGCUGACUUACUUGGACAAUGAUGGUGGAAUUGAAGAAGUUGUCUUGCAAGUCCAGGGCAUUAUAACUGGCAGUGCCAUGCCUCCUAUUAAGUGGCCAUUCAAGAUCAUUAUGGUCUUCACUGACUCUAUGGGCUCGGCCCAUAGAGUGGUUGACCCUUCCGUGCACUCUGGUCAGGCUUUCAGCCUGUCGGUUUGUCGCGCUCUCCAAGAGUGGUUUGAGGCAGAUGAUCUCCGCCGCAUCACCUUCGUUUACGUUCCAUCCGCUUUGCGGUGGGAUAUCCAUGGAUCUCUCGAACUGUGGAAUGCUUCAAGCAGUGCUGGGUAUCUUACUAUCGAUAUGGUGAACCACUACUUCACUCCUCGCUCUCAGGCAUCUCCAGACCAAAUCAUCUCCUUCUCUUUUGCCAUUGAUCCUGAUGGCAUUCUUGCAGCAUGCACUACUGAUGGAACUCUGGUCCACACCGAAGAUAAUUCUGUGGAGUAUUAUGAGCGCUAUCAGGAGGGUGAAAAACAACGAUACGAGGCCAUCAAUCCAAUCAAGUUUCGCAUAGGAGAUAUAGCAGAGGCUCAAGUAUCCUUCAUAGUCAUUCGUUUAAAGGAGCAGAAGUACAAGAUGCUCAUAGUUAUGCGGGCAUUGACCUUGCUUGAUAGCUCACCACUCCGGCGCUGCUGGAAGUGGGGCCACCCCACCGUCGCCUGCAAGGCGAAACAACUCUCUUGCCCCAUCUGCUCGGGCCCACACGAGCAGAAGGAGCACCGCCAACAUGCGGGAUGUUGCAAGGGCAACGCGAAAGCAAAGCCUCCUGUGCCGCCCACCCCUCGCGACCAGCCCUGCCCCCACAAGGGCCGCUGCGUCAAUUGCCACAAGGACCACGCUGCCAACUCGGCCUCGUGUAAGUUCUGGGCCCAUUGCUACGACCGUGAGUGGAUCAUGGCCGAGUAUCGUCAGACUAAUGUUGGGAAACCAGCAGGAUCUAAAUAG